GGGCUCUCUCCCUGUCUCUCAUGCACCAUGUGUCUCUCUCCUGCAGGAGUGUAAGAAACCAGCCGAGGCUUUUGGCUUUGAGCAGGCGACAAGAGAGUAUACUCUGCAGAGUUUUGGGGAGAUGGCUGAUACCUUCAAAUCUGACUACUUCAACAUGCCUGUUCAUAUGGUACCGACCGAGCUGGUGGAGAAGGAGUUCUGGCGGUUGGUCAGCAGUAUUGAGGAGGAUGUGACUGUGGAAUAUGGAGCUGACAUUCAUUCCAAGGAGUUCGGCAGCGGCUUCCCCAACAAAGGAGGCAAACGGCAGCUAGCCCCAGAGGAGGAGCAGUACACAGAGUGUGGCUGGAACCUCAAUGUGAUGCCUGUCCUGGACCAGUCAGUCCUGUGCCACAUCAAUGCUGACAUCUCUGGAAUGAAGGUGCCCUGGCUCUACGUGGGCAUGUGCUUUGCGGCCUUCUGUUGGCACAUAGAGGAUCAUUGGAGCUAUUCCAUUAACUACCUGCACUGGGGUGAGCCGAAGACCUGGUAUGGCGUCCCCUCGUAUGCAGCCGAGCAGCUGGAGGCCGUGAUGAAGAAGCUGACCCCGGAGCUGUUUGAGAGUCAACCCGACCUCCUGCACCAACUGGUCACCAUCAUGAACCCCAACAUCCUCAUGUCCCACGGUGUACCGGUGGUGCGGACUAACCAGUGUGCCGGGGAGUUUGUGAUCACCUUCCCGAGGGCCUACCACAGUGGCUUUAACCAAGGGUACAACUUCGCUGAGGCUGUCAACUUCUGCACCGCUGACUGGCUACCAGCUGGGCGUCGCUGUAUUGAACAUUACCGCUGGCUGAGGCGUUACUGCGUGUUCUCCCAUGAGGAGCUGAUCUGUAAGAUGGCAGCAUGUGCAGAGAAACUUGACCUCAAUCUGGCAGCUGCUGUUCACAAAGAGAUGUUCAUCAUGGUGCAGGAGGAACGUAAACUCCGCAAGUCUCUGCUGGACAAGGGUAUCAGCGAGGCAGAGCGAGAAGCCUUUGAGCUCCUGCCUGACGAUGAGAGACAGUGCGACAAGUGUAAGACAACCUGUUUCCUGUCGGCCCUGGCGUGUUACGACUGUCCAGAGAGGCUGGUGUGUCUCUACCACAUUGAUGAUCUAUGCAACUGCCCUCCCAACAGGCACUAUCUCAGGUAUCGGUACACCCUGGAUGAGCUGCCGGCCAUGCUGCACAAGCUGAAGAUCCGCGCAGAGUCCUUCGACACCUGGGGGAGUAAAGUCAAGACAGCGCUGGAGAUGGAAGGCCAACAGAAGAGAACUCUGGACGACCUGAAGGCCCUGGUCACAGAGGCCAAAGAGAAGAAGUUUCCGGAGAACCGGCUCCUGCAGCAGCUGAAGGGCAGCAUCGAGGAGGUGGAGAAGUGUGUGGCUGAGGCCGUUCAGCUGGCUUCCACUCGCAAGGGGGACAGGCCGCUGCAGGAAGGUGGGAAAACUCCGGUGAAGCUGACCGUGGGUGAGCUGCGGAUCUUCAUUGAGCAGCUCCAGGGCCUGCCCUGUGUCAUCACUCAGAUCCAGGAGGUCCAGGAGCUGCUGGAGGAUGUGGAGAAGUUCCAAACGCAGACCCAAGCCGCCCUGAAGGAACUUCCUGCCAACUCUCAGGAGUUCCGUCAGCUGAUAGAGCAGGGUCAGCAGUUAGCUGUGGAGCUCCCGGAGAUUGCCAAACUGCAGCAUGAGGCGCAGCAGGCCGAGUGGCUGGACCAGGUGCGAGAGACCCUGGCAGCCUCUGGCCGGGUCACCCUGGAGCUGAUGAGGCCUCUGAUCGAGGCUGGCUCCAAACUCGCCUCGAACCCAGCCGUGGAGAAGGCGAUGGCAGAACUCCAGGAACUGCUCACCAUCUCCGAACGCUGGGAGGAGAAAGCGCAAAUCUGCCUGGAGGCCAGACAGAAACAUGCUCCCGCCACACUCGAGGCGAUCAUAAAGGAAGCAGAGAACAUCCCGGUCGAACUGCCCAACAUCGUGGCCCUGAAGGAGGCGCUGUCAAAAGCCAGGGCCUGGAUCGCUGACGUUGAGGAAAUACAG